AUGGCUAUUCCAUUUGAUCAACAGUUUUUUGUGGAAAAGGAAAGAAAUAAUAAAUAUGAGUGGUUGAUAUUUAUAUUGACGUUUAUUGUAUUAGCAGGACAUGGGAUACUUUUUUAUUGGAUUCCACGAUACUUACGAGUCAAUAAUAAGCGCAACAACAUCUACUUUAGGUUGCUUAAAGUGUGGGAUGUGUGGACGAGCUGUGUUCGUGUACGGGGCGACAUCUACUUUCAGCCAAGUUUGGUAUUGUUGGCAAUAGUGUUUAUUGGUCUUAAUGUUGGGUUUUGCUUUGCUGAGAUUAAUGAUUUGGAUUAUCAAAGUCGGUUUUACAUUAUUUCCAAGAGAUUGCUGAAAGUUGCCGUGGGGAACUUGCCGAUUUUAUUGUUUUCUGUGAUGAAAAAUGACUUGUUGACUUCAAUAACGGGAUUGCAGCACGAUAGACUAGAGUUUAUACAUAAAUGGUUAUCGCGACUUAUGUGGGUCAUGAUCACCAUACAUAUGGGGAUGGCAAUUUAUUAUUGGCUAAAUCUCAAUUUUAAAAUUAUGAUUAUCAUUCCACCACAGAUAUUCGGGUUUAUUGCUUAUGGGAGUUUCAGUAUUUUGAACUGGGCCAGUUUAAGGUUUAUUAGACAAUUUGCCUAUGACUUCUUUCUAGUGCAGCACCGGGUAUUUGCAUUUAUGAUGUUGUUUUUCACAUUUAUUCACAAUCAAGGAAAUAGAGCUGUUGUGUUAAUCUCAGUGCAUGGGUUGGUCAUAGACAGAGUUGUUAGUAAAGUGUUUGCACAUAUCCAUGCCAAAAAGUCGCCCACCAAAGGUAGGUGUACAUUCAGGAUAAUCGACGACAGUACGAUUUCGGUGGAGAUACCGGUUUCUGAAGCCGAGUAUGUGUCGAAAUCUUGGUAUACGAGAUUUCUUCCCAAAUACAAAACUUGGAAAGCUGGUCAGCAUGUUUAUUUGAAUGUCGGCAAAAUCAAAUUCUUCCAGUACCAUCCAUUCACGAUUGCCAGUCUUGCUGAGAGUGGAAAGAUGAGACUACUUGUAAGGGUUCAGCGAGGGUUUACCAGAAAACUUAUGAGACAUCUUGAGCAGGUUGAUCAUGAUGAGGUGACAAUCAAAGCUAUGUUCCAUGGUCCUUAUGGUGCUAGAUACCAACCGUUGAUUACUUUUGACACAUGUCUUUUUUUCGCUGCUGGUUCUGGUGGCGCGUUUACGUUUCCAGUUUGUCUUGAUUUGUUAAACCAAAUAGAUAGACGAAACCAGGAUGGCGAUGUAUUAUUCCGUCCUAAGAGCCAGUUUAUUAAGUUUGUGUGGGUAAUCAAAAAGCAAGAUAAUAUUGAAUGGUUUGAGGAUUUGUUGAAACAGUUUGCUGGGCGAUGUGCCGUUGACAUUUACAUUACGCAAGAAUCAAAAGAGGAGUUGCCGCUAGAAAGAAAGAAUCUGGUUAUUGAACUAACAAAAUCGUUAACCAACGAUUACAAUAUUUUAUAUGGAAGACCGCAAGUUCAAGAGAUAAUAAAACAGCAUUCUCAACAACUAAGUUCGAACCAGUCCAUGGCAGUUACGUCGUGUGGGUCUCCAUCGUUUACAAACUCAAUCAAACACCACUGUCAAAGUGCACGAAGAAUGAAAGGGUCGCCAGAAGUGUAUUGUUAUACUGAGUCGUUUUAG